AUGGCCAAGCGGCUCGCCGCCGCCGAGAAAGAGGUGCUAAUCGAGGUGGUGAGGUUCACGCAGAAGAACGGCCUGAGUGGCUGUGACGGCGGGUGGAAGGAUUUCCUGGCCCGGAACGACAGGAAGUUUGGCGCGUCGCUGAGCGACCCCAGGAAGCGCACCAGGGAUGUGCUGCUCGCCUUCGUGCAAACCUUCUACAAGGAUUUCCAGAAGUACUUCGGCAAAUUGGUGAAGCGUCAUAAGGAAAGAAGUGCCGUUCAGCAGUAUAUGACUGAUUUUCCUGACGAAGUUUCUCCCGAGCAGAAACUUGUUCAACUGACGGCAGAGCACCCGGAGUACAGAAAACACUAUUGCUUCCCAUCAUACCAGGAGGCUAAGUUGGACAUACUUGCAAACCCCUUGAAGACUAUAACUGACUAUAGGACACACAUCACUGGUGUAUCAAAGAAGGAUUUAGAAGGAGUCACAUCAUCAUUAGUUGAUGUUCAGAAAUCGCUGAAGAGAAUGUUAUCCAAAGAAAAUAUUUUGAUUGGCCAUAGCUUACAUAGAGAUUUAUGCGCCUUAAAGAUUGAUUACUCUCAAGUUAUUGAUACAGCAUACAUAUUUAAGUAUGCAAAUUUACCUACUACUGCAUCACCUUCCUUAAAAAGUUUGUGCAAGGUUAGAGAACAGUCCAUAAAAAGACUUGCUGAUGUACGAAUUACUUUGUGA